AAAGAACUUGCCUCAACUUGCCUUACAUCAGAUUUGACAGAGCAACUUUUUGACAUAAACCUAACUCCACAACUGUCAAAUUCUUAACAACUUAAGCCGGAGCCCGGAGACUAUAGUACCUCGGACUAUAAAUGUAAACGAGGCGUGGUUUAGCGAGCAAGGAGAGCUACAUGUGACUUAUUAUGCAUCAGUCGAUUGGUCAAUUGAUACUUGACUUUGACACCAUGCAUUGAUGUACAAUUGACGUGUAACAAUUAACAUAUUAACAACAAUCCAAACAUACACCUCAUAUCUUUAGAGGAUGCCACGUAAUUUAUAAGAUUAUUUAACAAAAAAUGGGAAAUUCUGAAAGCGUUGAGGUGCCCGGUGGAGGUACCGAUGGUUACCAUAUUCUUAGGGUUCAAGAAAAUUCACCAGGUAGCAAAGCUGGCCUACAGCCUUUCUUUGACUUUAUAAUAUCAAUAAAUGGUGUCAGGUUGGAUAGAGAUAACGACACUCUUAAACAGAUACUGAAGAAUGGAAUAGGAAAACAGCUACCAAUGACCAUUUAUAGCUGCAAAACACAAAGUGUGCGAAGUGUCACUGUAGAACCUAGCGAUACCUGGGGUGGACAAGGCUUAUUAGGAAUCAGUAUAAAGUUCUGCUCAUUUGAAAUCGCAAAAGAAAAUGUUUGGCAUGUGUUAGAGGUGCACUCAAAUUCUCCUGCUUCUUUAGCCGGACUUCGACCUUUUACUGACUAUAUCAUUGGAACAGACUCUAUUCUCCAUGAAAGUGAAGAUCUUUUUAAUUUAAUUGAGAAUCAUGAUGGUGUUAGUAUGAAAUUAUAUGUUUAUAAUUCCCAAGAUGACUCAUGUAGGGAGGUUACAAUUACUCCAAACUCUCAGUGGGGUGGAGUUGGUUUGUUAGGGUGUGGAAUAGGGUAUGGCUACUUGCAUAGAAUACCUGUUAGAGGAACUCCACCUCCCGUGACUACAAUCUAUAAAUCUGUUAAUACCGAAAUCAAUCCACCUUCUGAUGUAAAUAGUAUAACAACAAGUACUGCUAAUUUAAGUUUAAUAUCUAGUGAGGUUGCACCAUCUCCACCACCUAGUGAAUCCCAGAAUAUUUCGGGUACUAAUUCAAAUAUUGUUGAACCUCAAAUUAAUCCAAUACUUACUGGUUCAGAUGUGACAUCUCAGUACAAUCUUAUAUCUAACGAAAACACUAAUGUGCCAGUUUAUACUAGCAAUCUUCCUCCCCCAUCAUCUGUUCCUCAGUUUAGUAACAUGUAUUAUCCUCAACAGUCAUUAUCUAGUGCACCAGUUAGUAAUGUGUAUAGUCCACCAUCUAACACAACCCCAACAAGUGUGUCAGUGGAUCAGGUGCCAAUGUAUCAGGUUCCUGCUUCCUCUGAAUCAGCUAAUCCUUAUGCAACAGGAAAUAUUCCUUCAUUCAAUUACUUUUCGCAGCCUUUACCAAUGCAAGCACCUUCAAUGAAUUACACACAGUCACUGAGUAUGUCUCAAACAAAUACUGUAAAUACUGUUCCUCCCCAAACUGCUGCUGUUUCUGUCUUUCCUGAUUGUCAAAAUCCAAUAAUAUUUGAUCCAGCCAUUGCUGCCAGAUCAGCCCAACAAUUAUUGAGUGGUAAUCUACCGUCAUCAAGUUAAGAUAUCCAUGAAUACUGAACUAUUGUUAUUAUACUGUUAAUUUGUGAGAUUAAUUUAUAAAGAAUAUAAAAAUUAUUGUGUCGAAGGUUGAAAGCUUUUCGAUAUUUCUAUCUGUUCCUUAACCAUUUUUUUUACAAAGUGAUGCAAUGUUAAGUUACUUCUCAUGGUAGAGACUAUGCUUUAAUACAGUGUUUUAGAUUUUUUUUAAAAUGCAUUAUGUAACUACAUAUCCCAUGUUACAUCUUUUGCUUUGUACAAGGAAAACAUUCAAGAAUCUUUUACAUCAUCUUUCAAAAGACUUUAGAGAAUGCCAGCAUUUUGGGUAAAUGUGUAAAUGUAUAAACUGGUCAAUUUACAAUCUCCAUGACAUUGUGAAAUGUUAUUUUUAUCAGUUUUUGCAUCAAUUUUUCACCAUCUUGAUUUCACUUUACUAAGCUUUGCCUGCAAAAAUAGUUUGAUUCUACACCUCCAUUCAUUAGAUACGCUUUAAUUUUUUGUAUGCAUAUAAUAGGUAACAGAUAUUAAGUUGCAUUCCUUAAUGAUACAGUGGUGGAGUGGUUGUAUAACAUAUUAUCACUCAGCAUUACAGUUUUUUAACAUACCAUGCUAUAUCAGCACAUAUAAGGUGAUUCAAAAAACAGUUGUUCUAUUUUAAGCUACUUUCAAAAAGUAAUAUAAACAUUUUCUACAAAAAGAUUCAGUCUUGUCCAGAUGCGAUCAGUUUUAUUUAGGAAUUCAUGAAUAAAUUAUUGUGAUUUGCGAUCGAUCGUAUUUUUGAAUAAGUAGUUUGAUAUGAAUCGAAAUUAUGCAGAAAUUUCGUUUAGGAUGCCAGAGGUAAACUACUAUUUUUGUCUUAUACAUUUUUUUGUCCAUGCUGAAAAUACUCUGGAAAGUAGUAUCAGUAACAUGUUCCCCUUAACUUCUCAGAAUCCUGUGUAUUCGUAUAUAGGAGCAAUUAUAGUUAAAAUGUGGGGACUACAUUUAUAGGAAUUUUUCAUCCUCUAGAAAUAUACCCACAGUUUUUCAAAGGACCUAUCAGAGUAAAACAACAAUAGUAAGGCAAUUAUGUUAUCAAGAUAGAGAAUUUUGACUGUGAAAAGAUUUUAGUUCAUAUUUGCUGUUGUAUUGUUUAUCAAAUGCACAAGAAAGAUACUUUACAGCCUCUACUAUUAUACCAUUAAGCAUGAGACCCGUAGACUAUUGUCUAUUAUAUAAAUCAAUAAAUAUUAAUUAAUAAUAUAAAAAAAUAAUAAAGUGUUAUGCUAGAUA